AUGGCGAUCACGUGUAACCAAAGGAACUUGUGCUUUCUGUCAGUUUACCUGUUCUUAUCGUGGAUAUCUGUGGUUCACAGUAUCGAUUGCUUCAAAUGCGUGUCGAUGAACGGCCGGUUCCCAGCUUGCGACGACCCGUUCCAUAACAACCACUCGCUGCAGAUGCUCGAGUCGCCCUGCAUGGGGGGUAGAAAAGGCAGGGAUGGUUUGUUCCCGGCAACAUCUUGUAUCAAGAUUGCUGGGGUUUUUGAUGACACCGGUGAGAGCAUCACGGUUCGCGGUUGUGGCCUGGACUCUGGCACUGCUACCACUGACACGGAGAUCAUACGAAUGUCACACUGCGGUCGGUUUUACUAUAACGACCGGUACGUCCACGGCUGCCUGCAGAGCUGCAACGAUGCAGACGCCUGCAACUCAUCGCACACAACCACGUCGUUUCUAUUUUUAUUUUUCGCGCCAUUUUCACUAAUAUUUGCGACGUUAGUGGUGCGAAGCUAA